AUGACAAGAUGUCAGAGGCGAAAUGGAUUGGAAUCUUUGGCCAAAUUUAGGAGGGAAGUCAAAUGGGGAUUGUUGUGAAGUGCUGCAAGUGUAAUUGUAGAAAGUGAGCGAGAGAGUUACAGUUGUGGGAGGUUAACAAAUCGAUGUUUUUUAUGGUAUUGCGAUCUGUGAUAUGUUAUAAAAUACCACGCGUUCUAGUACGCAGAAAACAAGAUAAAUCCACACGGGCGAGUAUAAUUGUAAUUUGUGAUUAGCGUCUAUCAGUGUUCGGUAGUGAAAGUUUCAUAAUUUUGAUUAUAGAUCCACAUUUUGUCUGCGUUUCAGUGUGGUGGAUAUGAAUCUAAUAUAUGCCCAUAACUAAAAUCGCUUGUGAACCUCUGUAGUGUUUUACCCUUUUGCAUAGUAAUACGAAUAGAACUGUUCCGUUCAUAACUACGAUGUGCUUGUGUUGUCCACUUUUUAUUUAUGUUUUUUGAACCCACCCUCAAACGCGUUGCGAAAUGUACGUUUAGGAUUAGAUUAGGUUGGAAGGUGUUCAUUUGUGACAUGGGGACGCCAACGAUUGUGAAUAUCAAGUAAUGAUUGUGAAUGUCAAGUAACUGUUGUGGCACAAACAUUCACUGGAGCAUUCCAUUUAUUAGUCCAUCUGCGACGAAGCUGUUUGAGUUACAGAUACCAGUAUGUAUUCAGAUGUCGAUGACAUCGAAGUGGAGGACACCUCGACAAUCCUCGCGAGGAGACAGAGGGAAGACGAGCUUUCUGCCAGGAUGCAGGAGCUGAUCGCUAAUUUCGACAAAUAUUUGGAGGAAAAAGAAAAGAGUGUCACCGAAGACGAUAGAAAGGAAGUGGAUUCGCUGGUGGAGAGUAUCUGCAAGAGUGGGCCGAGUGACAUUCAGGAGAGCUGCACAAUCGAUGCCGCCUCGUGGAAGCCACCGGAAGAGGUCGUGUGCGCGCGAGACUGCUUCCGCGUCUUCUCUGCGGACACCCUGUCGCUGUCGUGCUUCCCGGAGGUGGGGGCAGCGCGCUGCAAGUACUGCGAGCAUCUGACCGGCCCGGGCACGUGGCAGCAGGUCUUACCACAUGUCGAGGUCUUCGCCCAGCAGACCCACGUGCACCGAUGUGCUGUCGCAGACGCCUUCCCCAAGUUCCUCUUCUACCAGAUGUCGGUCUGUGACGACGCGGUGGCUGUCAGGCGCUUCUACCACGCCCUGUGUGCGUGCCGAUUUGAGCCACCCUUGAUGCUGGACGAUAUUUUGACAGUGUUCUACAACUGGGGGUUCAAUAAGAAUCUAGUGGAUUACAGUUUUGAAACCAACACAGAUGUGCAGGUACUGAAAUCAAAAUGCGGACACGAAGCUGACAGCGUAGCAGCUGCGAGUGCCUCGGAAAUGGAUCCUGGUGGCAGUGUGUCGGGCUUCCCAGUCAGCUCCCACACUGUGAAUGACACAUUGAAGUUCGUCCUGCUCAAACUGCCUCAUCUUGGCGUAUCAUCGCAAGACGAGGGCAAGGUGCUUGCUGUCCUGCGGGUGUUCGCUGCCGCUCUGGCAGACAGUUCGCUCGUCUUUGCCGGCAUCUACCUUCGCCCGUUGAUGUACAAGAUGUUGGACUGCUUGCACAUCGAGACGUGGCCUGAGGAGAAGUACCUGAAGCUCGUAAAGACACUGCACAUUCGUGAGUUCAGCGUGUUCGGGCAGUACGCAUCUGUGAGGGCACUGGUGGAUCGGCCUGUGCGAGAUGACAGGAGCGCCCUCAAAGGGUGUGUGGCCUGGGCAAUCCUGCAAGUGCUCCACGGUGUCAGUCCCGACAAGGUGAAGUACGUGACGCGUCUACGGCCAGAGUGCUUCAACAAGUUACCGCCGGGCCCCGUGUCAUACUCGGAGCUGCCUCCCAGGCAGCUGUACCUGUCACUUCAAAUGCUGGGAGACUGCGCGUCUUCCGCAGCUCGGGCCGAUGCCGAAGACCCGGCCUUCUACGGCAGGCUGCUGCGUCACAUCUACUGUCUGCAGCAGGAGCUUCCCCGAAUGUCUGUAAUGGACAGCAACAUCAUCAAGUGUCAGCUCGUCCACCUGGAUUUCUUCUGGAAGUCAAUAACAAAUGACUUGCUGGAGAGGCAGGGGCGCCCCAACGCAUUGCUCUCCUACAUGCGGGACCUCUUGCAGCAGUGAUGGCCUGCACUCACUUUUGGAAUCAAAUGCAAUAAAUAAAUAUUAAAAAUGGCAAAGUCUUCAGCUGAAUACAGCUAAAACAAUGAACACCUCUUAACACCCAUGCAGCAAAUAAUAAUGCACUGCAAAUCCAUUCCAAUUUUUUUUCGCAAACAGUUGUUUCUUUUAUUAUUUUUGAAUCAGUUAAUACACUUGAGAAUUUAUAGCUUUUAAUUUAUUAGUGUUCAUAUGUGAGUAUUUAAAUCCAAGUUCAUCUUUUGUGUGUGCUGUAACCUGAACUUAUUUUUACCAGUGGAAAAAAGCCCCAUUAGAAAUUAGUAAUUUUUUUAUUAACAGCAAGAUAAAUAUUCUUGUGUAUGCCAAUGAAAAUACUUUACCAAGAAACAGUGAAAAUAAACACAAUAAAUACUAAAAAUGGCCCAAGUCUUCAGCUGAGUACAGCUAAAACAAUGAACAACCUCUUAAUUCCCAUGCAGCAAAUAAUAAUGCACUGCAAAUCAAUGCCAUUUUUUUUUCAAAGAGCAAUUAACUUAAUUAUCUGAGUGCCCUUCCGAUCUCUGGAAGCUCCAUAAGAAUUAGAGUAGUACAUC